AGAUAUAAAUACCUCGCGUGGCUCUUUCAUCCUCUAGUGAGGAUGAUACCGAACCUGACUGCCUGACUGCCAGUUUGCGUGAGCCUCUGUGUGGCUCUUUAAGAGAAAAUAGAGUCUGCGCAAUGGAAGCUCGGCUGUAGCGGUUCGUUCUGCGGAGAAAAUUAACCAGAGAAAACACAGCCAGGGGAUGAAGGAGAGUCUUUAUUGCAGUCUUUAUUACAGAUACCGGACACGAGACUGGAAAUCUCCGGCGGGCAGAGGGGGGGAAUCUGGGGACAGACAUGGCGGGAGCGGGAGUGAAGAGGAGGAAAGCGGGGCUCCCUGGUUACUGCUGGAAAACAUGCUACUUUCACAUUUUAUUCUGGGUCGUCUCCGUCUGUGGCGAGGAGAAGACGUUCAUUGUUGAGAUGCCUGGCUCAGCGGAGAGCAGCGCUGUGGUGGAUGUAUUACAGAACCAUGAGCUGCAUACUGUAGCUGUCCAGUACCUGGAGACUUGGUUGAAGAACUAUGGCUACCUGCUACCUCAUGACAUCCGCAUGUCAGACCUUCGCUCUGAGAAGGCCAUGCAGUCUGCUGUCGCAGCCAUGCAGCGUUUCUACGGCAUCCCUGUUACCGGGGUACUUGACCAGACCACCAUUGAAUGGAUGAGGAAGCCUCGCUGCGGCGUCCCAGACCACCCUCACAUCAGCCGGCGCCGGCGGAACAAACGCUACGCCCUGACGGGACAGAAGUGGAGGGACAAGAGGAUCUCCUACAGCAUACACAACUUCACUCCAAAGGUGGGGGAGAAGGACACCCAGAGAGCCAUCCGGCAGGCCUUCGACGUGUGGCAGACCGUCACGCCGCUCACCUUCCAGGAAGUGGCCUUCUCUGACAUCAAAAACGAGGGCAAGGAGGCCGACAUCAUGAUCUUCUUCGCGAGCGGUUUUCAUGGCGACAGCUCUCCCUUCGAUGGCGAGGGGGGGUUUCUGGCCCACGCCUACUUCCCCGGCCCGGGCAUCGGAGGAGACACGCAUUUUGACUCCGAUGAGCCGUGGACGCUUGGCAACGCCAACCACGACGGUAACGACUUAUUUCUGGUGGCGGUCCACGAGCUUGGCCACGCCCUGGGUCUGGAACAUUCCAACGAUCCAUCCGCAAUCAUGGCUCCUUUUUACCAGUACAUGGAGACUCACAACUUCAAACUGCCACUGGACGACCUGCAGGGCAUACAGAAGAUCUAUGGUAUUCCCACUGCCAUGUUGGAGCCCACACGGCCGCUACCUACACUGCCGUCUCGCCGUACGCACUCCACCUCAGAAAGGAAGCACCAGUCCCGCCCCCCGCGGCCGCCAUCCGGAGACAGGCCCGCCCUACCAGGGAACGGAAAACCCAACAUCUGCGACGGCAACUUCAACACCGUGGCCUUCUUCAGACGGGAGAUGUUCGUCUUCAAGGACCGAUGGUUCUGGCGUCUGAGGAACAACAAGGUUCAGGAGGGUUAUCCCAUGCAGAUUGACCAGUUCUGGAAAGGUCUUCCUCCUCGCAUCGAUGCAGCCUAUGAGAGAUCAGAUGGCAAAUUUGUUUUCUUUAAAGGUGAUAAGUACUGGGUGUUUAAGGAGGUGACAGCAGAGCCAGGGUACCCCCACAGCCUGGUGGAGCUGGGGAGCUACCUCCCCCAGGAUGGCAUCGACACGGCACUGCGCUGGGAGCCCGUGGGCAAGACCUACUUCUUCAAGGGCGACCAGUACUGGCGCUACAACGAGGAGAAGCGCGCGGCCGACCCUGGUUACCCUAAACCCAUCACCGUGUGGAAGGGCAUCCCAGAGGCUCCACAGGGCGCCUUUGUCAGCAGGGAGGGAUUCUACACCUACUUUUACAAGGGGAAGGACUAUUGGAAGUUUGACAACCAGAAGCUGACCGUGGAGCCGGGCUACCCUAAGUCCAUCCUCAAGGACUGGAUGGGCUGUGACCAGUCGGAUCUGGAUCGCAACCGGGACCGGCAGCUCCCCAACGACGACGUGGACAUCAUGGUGACCAUCAACGACGUGCCCAGCACAGUCAACGCCAUCGCCGUGGUCAUCCCCUGCAUCCUGUCUCUCUGCAUCCUGGUCCUGGUCUACACCAUCUUCCAGUUCAAGAACAAAGGAGUGCAACAGACCGUGACGUCGUACUACAAACACCCAGUGCAGGAGUGGGUAUGACAGGGUGGCAGGAUGUCGCCGAGCAGGGCUGAGGACCCUGGCUGCAGUUUCCACCCCUGUCGAGACAGAUCUGAGAGACCCAUCCUGACGCUCACACAGCAGCUUGCUCUGGUCUCACACCCAGUGACCAUGAGGAGGGAGGGCUCACCUGGCGACCGUCUCUUCCUCCCUGUGUCCUUGGAUUCCAUUGGCCGCUUGGUGAACAAUGUGAUGGAUUGGUAUUAAGUGACGCUGAGGAAUGAUUGGAUGCAGUUAGAGCAGGAUCAAUUACAAGAAUCAACCUUGUGUGAGCCUGGUGACCUCUUGGCCAAUAGGAUCUGAUUCAGAGGGGGGAGGGAGCAGGGUGGUACUGAAACUCUAUUGGACCUCCAGUCUCUCCAUCUCUCUCUCUCUUCCUCUGGGACGCAGAGAAGACUCUGCCCACAUCGGGCUGGUCUCUAACUAACUUGUACACAAAUUGCAACUGUCAACAUGUCUAAAGAACUUCUAAAAAAAGAACAAAAAAUAUUCUACAAACUUGAAGAAAUAAUGUAGGUAGAAAGGCCAUUAAAAAAAACACAAAAAAAACAUUGAUCUCUGGAUCACCAGAUGUUUUCAUUUCUCAGUGACUGAGUAGUGGAUUUUUUGGAGAAGAUUUUUUUCUCUCUCUCUCUUUCUCUCAACCUCCAUAUACUAUGGCCGUCCUCCAGUUGAGUUUAAAUCAGAUCCAGUCAUUAUGCUUACAUCACUAGGGUUUGUCCCUAACAGGGAUCCAUAGGUCACAGGUCACCCCACAUCACCACCAUCACAUGCCUUGGCCUCUUUUUACAUUCACAACCAUGUUUUCUGUUUGUGCCUGUCGAACUAAUGAAAACCCCUUCCACACUGGCAGGCAAGUCGGCUUAACAUCAUAUUAUUAUAUAUGUCUGUCCAGAGCUCGUUUUUUGCUGAGAGUUUAGAGAUCAUGACCGUAGAUACACUGGAAAGGAUCAGACUGAGUCGGUCAGUGUUUAUGUCUGACCUCUCAUGUGAACCACUGUCUUCUAAAGAGGGCUUAGUCAGUAGUGAUACAGCUGGUAUGUCAGCUGUACCAGUAAUGUCUUCUUUUUUUACUUUCAGUCUUGUGAUCACGUGGUCUAGCUGGUUCUGCUACCAGUGUGUCUGUGAUGUGGCUCAUGAACAGUAGAUCCAUGACUAUACACUGUUUUCUGUGCCUCAAUUUUGGCUCUUUCUUUCUCUCUCUCUCUCUCUCUCUCUCUCUCCCCCUCUCUCUCUCUCUCUCUCUCUCUCUCUCCUUCUCUCUCUCCUUCUCUCUCUCUCUCUCUCUCUCUUUGUCUCUCUCUCUGUCUCUAUUUCUCUUGGUUGGAACCUAUAAGGGGCCGCCUCAAUGUUCUUCACUGAUUGUCUUCCUCCAUUUAGAAAUUUCUUGAGUACCUGAACUUAUUGAUUGAUUGACUGAAAACUGCACUGAGAGAGUCACUGUUUGAUUGUCUGCUCUCCAAGUGUUCUGUGAACAGUGAAAAGGAUGUCCUUUUGGGCAAUUUUUUAUACUGGCACCGUACGACUGUGUUCACUCUGUUUUCUCUUCACUAUGGAUCAAAAGGCGGUAACAUUUUCCCAACUCUGUAGUGAUGUCAUUACAAUAAGGGAAGGGUCCAUCUGUCAAUCAAUCAUUCAAUUAAAAUAGCAAUUGUAUAAUUCAAGUUACAAUUAUUUCAAAUGCUAUGCUACAGAGGAUUGAUAGGAAGCUUUUUUGCAUUAAACCAUUUGAUUGUUAAAUAUUUCAAUGGAAAUUUCUGUUACACUUUCCACACUAACUGUAUUGAAUGGAGUUGACCCCAACCCUGAUUUGCACUCUCUUAUUGCAGACUGACUUGAUGGACCUGUUGAUUCAAAUGUGCAAAUGCGUAGUCUUUUGUUUUUUGCCUCUUUCUGUGCUCAUGUAUAUAAAGUUGUGUCCCUGACUAAACACGAGUACUUAGAGAUACAAUUCAGUAGCAGGAAACAAUCCUGGGAAAAGCUCUUGAUUUCUCUGUGUAGCCACUAGCGUCAGCGAAUCGCUUUUCGUUUGCGUAGCUGGUGGACGUCCCGCUCGCGGAGUUAAAUGUGCCGAGUUCGAGCAGGUGUGGGCAAUGUCGGCCGUGUGUGACUUCCGACGAGUAGCGCGACCGUGUUUGCAUGGUUCAUAUCAGGCAGUUAGGGGCUACUGUAUCACCGAAGCGUGCAAUUCAGACUUCGUUUACCAGAAUCUUUACGUCACUAAAAAAUAACAAUACAUAAUCUAUAGUUCAUACAGUCCGACUGGUACAUGAUGGGGUGUUUACAUUGGAAUGCUAAGAGACAGAGGCAGUUUGAUUUCAUCAUUGACUCAAUCAUUGUGCUUUGAGUGUACCAUACCUUGAAGAGUAGUCAAAUAUGUGUAUAUAUUUGUUGAGAUGUAAAAUCUGAUUCUACAUGUUUAGAGGUAAAAAGGCUACAGGUAAACAGUAAACACAUAUGUAUGGUAGCAGGACAGGUGUGUAGUCUUAACAGAUACGUAUAUAAGGGUACCUGAGAGAGUCUGAUAGGAAACAUUUUACCAGGAGGGCUCUCAUAUAGAUGACCUACAGGUGCUCACUAUUAACAAAUAUUGAACUAACUGUCCACCAACCUCAACAAGCACCUGCAGAUUAGCAGAGUUGAUAGUUUGAGCAUCAGCAGAUUAUUUAUGAGUCCCCACUGAAUAAAGUGUUACCAAAUAGCAUAGUUCCCUCUAACAGUUUAUUAGACCUUCAACAAGGACAGAUGUACAUUACUUUUAUAACCCAAGGUGGGCCAUGACUGCUAUAUCCACAUUUGUUUUAAAUCUUAUUUAUCCAGACAGAUUAUAUUCUAUUCCAGGAGCUUUGUGUUGUCCUAUGUUUCUUGUAGACUCUUCUAUGGACAAUGUACACUGGUGGCUUUGGACAACAGUGAGUUGCCUUUUAUUGGCCUGUUGUUGCCUUUUGUUUAUAAGAGUUCUUUUUCAUAUGAGGAUAAUAGGAAAAAACAUAUCAAAGGUACAGUAGUCCAGAAUUUUGAAGUUGCUAUUCAUUAUAUUGGGAGUUCAUGGAACACUGCUAAUCAAGGGGCAUUUUGGCAGAUAUAGCUUUAAGAGAGAUUUUAAUUAUUUCUUUUGUUUGUGUUUCCUAUGAACUUUUGUGUACAUACUGGUAUGCUUUUCAUUGAUUUGGGUUUUUAUCAGUAAGUGAUUUGAUAAUACACCAACAAUGGCUCAGUUCUCUAAAUGCAUAUUGCACCUUUUUUUUCGUAGUGUAUUGUUUUUAUAGUCAUGUAAUUUGCAGUCAGAUAUCAAAUAUCUUCUCAUGUAAAUAUACAAACUGAAGCUUUUGAAGAUUUUGUAUUUUUGUUUCUUUGAAAAAGCUUAGCUAUUGCACAGAAUAUUCCCAUUUCAAACAAAAUGCUUAUACUGAUAGGCAUGUUUAUGUUAAUGUCUUAAGAUAUUAUACAUUUUUUUUAAAGAGCAAAUACAAGUUUAUUGGUUAGGGACAAAGGUAUCUUUUUUCCAGUUCAUUUCAUUUUACAGGACCACACUGAGAAUCUUACAAUAUCACCAUGUUCUAUUAACAAAGACAUUUCAAUAAAAGUGAAAACUUGAUUAUCUGCAUGACUGAUUAUUUUCUUAUUGGUAUAUUUACAGUAUAUAUACUGUACAUGCAGGUGGGGUGACGCAGGUAGGGUGACGCACAGCAUUAAAUCACAAUUAUGCUUUAAUUAUACAAUUAAAGCUGCCGUAAAGCAAAUUCCAUGAUUUGCUUCUCAGUACAUUAUAUAUGUGAGAAAUGAGUUCCUGAAAGCAUGUGCAAAGUGAAAAAACGUUGUUGCUCUGAAAUGUGGAGUUAGACCGUUGAACAGUUUCUCUCCCGUUUUCAGCUCAGGUUUUGUAAAGGCGGAGCCAAAACCCGACCGAUCUACGUCACAGCGACCUAUCUACGUCAGAUCACAGACGGUUGCAUUCUGUUACAAAGUAAUUAACUCACUCACGAUUUCAAAGCCUAAUUUAACAUGUCAGUUUUUUUUCAAAUUUGGAUGGGUAGAUAACGACACAUUCUUCUGUGGUGUGAUGAACUUAAAACUCAUUUUCAAUUCCACUUUACAGCAUCUUUAAGGCAAAUUUUACAAAAUGUCUGUACAGUAAUAUUAUGACAGAGGUCCUGAGUGGGGCCGGGGGGCUUCAGGCAUCAGCAAUUAAAGUACAAGAUUUAAAGUGCUCCAAGACCUCCAUACUGCAUUCAACUAUAUAGCAGUAAACCAUGAGAGAGGCAGCAUAGGUCAAAUUGAGGUUCAUUUCAGACAGCGCAGAAAAGCAACAGCUGGUUCGUAGUGUUCUUAAUACCAGUUGGUGCAGGAGAUCAUGAAACACAUGUCAUCCACCUUUCUGCUACCCAUCUGGCACUGGGGCAGCUGGGCUAGGGCUUCUGGGUAAGGCUCUGGAGGAAGACAACAGAAGGAACAGGAGGGGGAGAGAACUAACAGAAAUGAGGAAGUGGAGAAAGAGGAUCAAAGGAGGAACAGGGUUAUGGAAGAUGA